UUCUUGGAAUGCCAAAACUCUUUAGUAUAUAGACUCAUUCACCCCCUUCACCAAAACCAUCCCUCAUAUUAAAGCCAAAGUUUCUAUUCCACUUCCUCAACUUUCUCUCACUUUUUAAUCCAACUACGUAUCUGAAACCCUAAUUACUAGAGAGCUAGCUAGUGCUAUAAAUCAAUCGAUAAUGGCUGGACCUGAGCUCACAAAAGCUGCUCUUCCAACCACCACCACCAUGGCCCAAACAACUCGGCCGGCGGCGGUUCGGAGAUUUGUCGGUGUCCGGCAAAGGCCGUCCGGGAGAUGGGUAGCGGAGAUCAAGGACUCAUCUCAACGAGUUAGGCUUUGGCUUGGGACUUACGAUACUCCUGAGGAAGCAGCAAGAGCCUAUGAUGAAGCUGCGAGAGCCCUUCGGGGUUCGAAUGCUCGAACCAACUUCGCGGCGACUACUUCAUCGGUUAAUCCCAAUUCGAACCCGUUGGUUUCGACACCUUGCAUGAAUAAUGAUGGAACAAUUGCAGGGUCGGGAUCCGAUGGCCGCCAUGGAUUAAUGAGCUUCUCUUCCUUGAAGGCAAAACUAAGCAAGAAUCUUCAAAGCAUCAUGGCUAGGACAAGUGAGAAUAACAAGUCCUCAAAAAGCAGGGUGAGUGACCACUUCACUUUUGCGAGUAUAUUUCACUUUAGAAAAUACCAAUACCAAAACCCAUUAAUGGAUCAUAUGAGGAACAUGAACAUAGAUCAUAAAGCGGUGCAACCAAGUAUAAUUGUGCCUUCCCAUUUGGAUCAAACUAGUGAGCCUUGUUCUUGGGAAAGCUCUAGUGUUUCGGAUUGUAGUACGGAGUGGGUAGGGUUCCGGCAACCGGGGUUUGAUUCCGACGGUUCGGAUAUCGGUGAAGGGUUCGUGGAUCAUCAAAUGAUGGGGUGGAUGGAUAGCCCGGAGAUGAGUAGUAGUAUAAGCAAUAACAGCUCUGAAAUGGGUUCAAGGAGUAAGAGGUUUAAAGUGUCUUCUUCUGUGGUGGUGCCUCCAACUUUUAGUGAAUCUCCAUAUGAUGGUCAUGAAAUUAAUUGAAUAAUAAUGAAAUAGAAUUAAUGUUUAAAUUAAAUAUGUCUGGUGUAUAAAACUUCUAUAUAUAAGAAAAGGUUGAGAAGUCGGCUAUAUAUAUAAGAAGUUUGCUGCUAGAAGUUGCU